CGCUCUGGCCCAGGAAAUACUUCACCAUUGUCCAGGCCGGGCGGGCUCAGUGCCCGCGCAACAUCAGGGAUGCGGAGCCCGGGGGGCACGCGGAGACCGGGCUGGAGCUCGACGCUCCGCCGCCAAGCUAGCAGCUCAGUCACUCCAGCGCCGCACCCAAAGAGGCGCCACCGCCGCCAUGAGGAUUUGUCUGGCCGCGCGCCACUUCCGGCGCAGCCGCGCACUGCCCACCUCUUCCGGCGCCUGCCCACGUGACCGGGCGGCCCCGCCUCCCCAGCCUCUACCUCCUCCCCCGACGCGGGAGUCGCGGUGCUCCGGGCCGGAGCCAGGUUGGAGGGCCCCUUCCCAGGCUCUGUGGGGAAACCGUGCCGGAGCGGCCCCUAAGCCGGGCGGGCAAGCGAGUAGCGGAGCGAGCUAGCGACCCGGACGCCGGCGUUGAGUGCGCUUCCCCGCACGCUCCCAGGCCGCCCCGGGUCCUGGGCUCUCAGAAGGAGGAUCAGCACCCGGGGCCGAAGAGCGGGGGCGGACGGAGGCGUUGCUGUAGCUCAAUAUCGUCGCGGCGUCUGGAGCCUUAGAUUGGCGGCUGGGGUCGGGGACUGAGGCUCGGGCGCUGCCUUUCGUAGUGGAGAUCCGGUUUGCCUCCCGCCCCCGCUCAGGACCCUGAAGCGGGUGAGGCAGCCCCGGGAGCAUGAGCGGGCAGCGUGUGGACGUCAAGGUGGUGAUGCUGGGCAAGGAGUACGUGGGCAAGACAAGCCUGGUGGAGCGAUACGUGCACGAUCGCUUCCUGGUGGGGCCCUAUCAGAACACCAUUGGGGCCGCCUUCGUGGCCAAGGUGAUGUCCGUCGGAGACCGGACGGUGACUUUGGGUAUUUGGGACACAGCAGGCUCUGAGCGCUAUGAGGCCAUGAGCCGAAUCUACUAUCGGGGCGCCAAGGCUGCCAUCGUUUGCUAUGACCUGACGGACAGCAGCAGCUUUGAACGGGCAAAGUUCUGGGUGAAGGAACUGCGCAACCUAGAGGAGGGCUGUAAGAUCUACUUGUGUGGCACCAAGAGUGACCUGCUGGAGGAGGACAGGCGGCGCCGACGUGUGGACUUCCACGACGUCCAGGACUAUGCAGACAAUAUCAAAGCUCAGCUCUUUGAAACAUCCAGCAAGACAGGCCAGAGUGUGGAUGAGCUCUUCCAGAAAGUAGCAGAGGAUUACGUCAGUGUGGCCGCCUUCCAGGUGAUGACAGGGGAAGCUGCCAGGACCAGCCUUCCUUCCUGCCACUCUGUUCUCACGAGGCAACCUGGGAGUCCAGCUCCUGUGAGUAGACGCUACCAAGCCUGGAAAAGGAUCGCUGAUGCACUUCAUGCCCUGACUGUAGUGUGGGGUGGAGGAUGUAAAGAAUAGAAUAAUUAUUUUCAUCAAUGCUAAAGAUGUAGAUUUGGUAGUUGCUCAGAAGAGGAUCGACACAGUGAUUUAAAUCACUUCAAACUCAGUAACUUCAGGGGGAAGCAGACAUUUAAAAACUUGGAUGCUUUUGUAGCAGUGACAACUAUUUUGCUAUUAGAAUGGGUUUGCUCCAGUAGAGAAGCAAAUGAGGCUUUGAAUUCAAAUUUCAACAGUUUCCAUAAUUUUUUCUGACUUAACAGGGCCAGGACAGGUAUUAGUUCUCUAACUACCUAUGGAAGCUAUGGCUUCCCCCUCAGAAAGGCUUCCUGGGGAACUGGCUUAAAGGCAGACGCUCUAUUGAGAUCCUGAUUUACAAGCACUUGGCCAAAUGCCAAAAUAGCAUCCUACACAAAGAUCAGGAGUUUCUAAGAGUAAAGAUUUCCUUUUAACUGCCAAGUCACACCCCCUGGAGAAAAGGUCUCAGUAUAGGUUCCAGGAGAAUCCCCUAAGGAUGGCAAGGUCACCCCCCGCAAAGGGUAAUGCAAGAGUCUCACUUCCCAAAAGUCCUUCCGACUCUGCUUCUAAUUGUAUAGUGACUGCUUUCAUGAUGUUAACAAUCUAGUAUCAAAUGCUAUCAGUGGGCCUGAGAGUUGAACAUCUAAUUUCCAAUCAACCUAAGAGAGUCUUACAAUGGCCCUCAUGAAAGCCAGGCUGGCUGUCCAUCCAUUUAAAUAAGCAGCUUCAGAAGUUGUUUCCUACGCAGGUCUGGAAGGAAGCUUGCCAGUGAAUGGGAGAAUGGAAAAAACUGAAACAAAACCACAAAGUGGCCCACCUUUCCCUCACUCCUUCCUGUCCUGUGAGACAUAUCUAGAGUGGCUGUCAAGUCAAUUACCUACCAAAGCCUACAUAAGAGAAGCUCCUUCAGGAUCAAACUUCUCCACUUAAAAAUUUUACAUAGCCUGCACACCCCACCCCCCAACAAAAUUCACAGUUUAUUUCAUGAAACAAAGAGCUACGGUAAUUUAACACACAACACAGUGGAAAGAGAUUCUGACAGCGCAGUGCGGAUAUCUUUUUCUGAUCACAACUACAGAUGACAGGAGAAAAAAAGGGCACAGGACUGGCACCAAGCAAAUCCUACUCAUACAACCUAAGAGAAUAGGGAAAGGGACCUACUAGCUGCAAUUAUAUACUUAUUAUUCUCACAUAUGAUAAAUACUUAAUAUAAUGAACUUUAAUGUUCUGGGUGGAUUUCUUUAAAAAUAUCUUUUCCAUGGUUUAAAAUUUUUUUAAAAGAAAAUAAGAUGCUUUGUUUUCUCUUCCUCUAAAACAAAGAGCUUUUCCUCUCUGAUGAUGUGGGAAGAGAGACAGGAUGAAAGGGGAGAACUAGGCAGGUGGAAUUUACAGAGGAGAGUCCGAGGUCUAAGUGAGAUGCAAGAAUAGGCCCCUAAACUCAGGGCAGCCCUGCCCAGCCUCAUGCCUCUGCCUGAGUUCAAAUGUCUCAACCCCAGAGACAGACUUUGGGAAAUAAAAGCAAAUUCUUUUUUAAA